CUGUCCCAAAAGUAUCCGACCUCUUCAUAUAACGUUGUCCUUGAGUAUCCAAUUGUAAAAAGCAUGUAUGGAGCACUUAGCGGGAUCCUUUAGGAUUACCCUUACCGAUUAACAGAAGCCGAAAACUGUUCGACAACAAUACGUAGUUUGUUGAAUGUCAAAUUCCUCAAGCGUCGCAUUACACAAUGACGGAACGAGUCGAGCAAAGAAUUUGCAUCAAGUUUUGCCAAAAACUUGGUCACACCUGUUCAGAGACAAUUCGUAUGAUUCGAAAAGUUUACGGAGAUGACUCCAUGAGUAACACGCAGAUAAAGGAGUGGUAUAAACGCUUUAAAGACGGUCGUGUCUCAGUGGACAGUGAUUAUCGUUCCGGGAGGCCUUCAACGUCGAGGACGGUAGAAAACGUGGAACGUAUUCAAGCCGCGAUCAACAAAAAUUGUCGUUUGACCGUACGCGAACUAGAAGAUCUUGUAAUCCCCAAAACCACUAUUGCAAAAAUUUUAACUGAAGAUCUGGGAAUGAGUCGGGUAAAGGAAAAUUAGGCAAAGUUUAUUCCACGACUGUUGACGGAAGAGGUGGAGGAACUAUAAAAGAAUAAGUGUUUUAAAAUGCAAGCAGAGGUCGGAUACUUUUGGGACAGAUAUCGUAUAUAUGAAAAUAUAAAAAUUGCAAUGAAUUAAUUAUUUUUAAGUUAUCUAUUAAAUUCUAAAUAAUUUUCCUUUCGAUAUUGGAAAUAGUGAUUCUUAAGUAUUUUAGAGAU